AGUUAGGUUUAUAUUAUAAUAUUUGUGAUUUUUUCAAAUUUUAUAAAAUAGAAUGGCACCGAGUAUAAGGCCCUUAAGUCCUGCUUUACAGGAAAAAGCUGAAAAAGAAUUAGGUGAAAAUUCAGCCAGGCUGGAAGAGGAUCUUCAAGCAUUGAAGGAUUGGCUCAAAAAGCAACCGCACAUCAAAGCUCGAACAGAUGACCAAAGUCUUGUGACUUUUUUGCGUGGUUGCAAAUUCAGUUUGCAGCGUGCCAAGGAAAAAAUUGAUUUAUAUUACGCGAUGAGAAGUGCAGUUCCAGAGUUUAUUCGAAAUAGAGACCCCACCGAUGCCAAAACGAUAGAGGUCAUGAAACUUGGUGUGGGUUUAAUUCUCCCAUUGACAGAUGGCCCUGCUGGUCCUCGAUUGUCUUUAGUUAGGCCAGCAGCUUAUGAUCCUGCAAAAAACUCAAUUAUCGAUGUUUUGAGAGUUAGCACUAUGAUGCAAGAUUAUAUGAUCAACCACGAUGAUAAUAUGAUUGUUGCGGGAAAUAUUGCAAUACUGGAUCUAGCAAAUGUCACCCUAUCGCACUUGACCCAGAUGACGCCCAGUAUAGUAAAAAAAAUGACCGCGCUGGGGCAGGAGGCUUCGCCGUUGAGGCAAAAAGGGCUUCAUUACAUUAACCUGCCGUCUGGCGUUGAUCAAAUACUUAACUUAUUCCGAAGUUUUAUGAACGAGAAAAAUAAGAGCCGGUUAUUUACGCAUAGCAGCUUGGAGUCUUUAUAUAAACAUAUUCCUCAAAAACUGUUACCUAAAGAAUAUGGAGGCGAAGCAGGAACGCUUCAAGAAAUCACAGAUAUGUGGGUUGAUCGGCUAACUAAAAGUGCCUCAUACUUCAAAGAAGAGGACAACUAUGGUACAGAUGAAUGUAAAAGAGCUGGAAAACCCAAAACAUCUGAAGACCUGUUUGGAAUAGAAGGAUCGUUCCGAAAGUUGAAUGUUGAUUGAUUUUUUGUUGCUUGUAAUUUUAAUAUAGAUUUUCAUAAAUAAAAUAUAUUUCUUAAG